UCCCAAGGGAGGAACCACCCGGGCCAGGUUUCCUCUGCCCAGGGGUGCUGCCAGCUGGAGACAGCUCUGAGCCCAGGGGAGAAGCUGCAGGUGCUGAGGAAACCCCCAGUUUGCAGCCACAGCCCUGGAGCUACGCAAAGCCCCCUUGCUGGUGCCUGCAGCCCCUCACUCCUGCGUGCUCUCCCUCCUCAGCUCCCAUGGAGGACGCUCCCAGCCGGGAGCCAGCGCCCAGCAAAGGCUCCCCGGGGCCACACGAGGCUCCUGCCCCCUUCAUCGUGCUGGAGGAGCAGGAGCCCCCCGGCUGCAGCAUCAGGGAGCUGCUCCUGGCGAGGGCCAGAGCCGCCUGCAGGUGCAGGCCCGGGGCGCUGGGCCGGGCCCUGCUGCGGCUGCUGCCCGUGCUGGAGUGGCUGCCCCGCUACAAUCCCCGCUCGCAGCUGCUCGGGGACGUGGUCUCGGGGCUGCUGGUGGGCGUCGUGGCCAUCCCUCAGUCCAUCUCCUACUCCCUGCUGGCCAACCAGGACCCCGUCUACGGCAUCUACACCAACUUCUUCUGCAACAUCAUCUACGCGGCCACGGCCACGUCGCGCCACGCCAGCGUGGGCUCCUUCGGGGUGCUGUGCCUCAUGGUGGGGCAGUCGGUGACGCGCCACCUGCAGCUGGCAGGCUAUGGGGACAGCAGUGCCGCCCUCGGGGACAACUCCAGCUCCCCCAGGAACGGGACAGAGCCCUGUGACCGCAGCUGCUACGCCAUCACCGUGGCCCUUUCCUUGAGCUUCCUGGUGGGCCUCUACCAGAUCCUGCUGGGGGUUUUACAGAUGGGCUUCGUGGCUGUCUACCUGUCAGAGCCUCUGCUGGGUGGCUUCGUGACAGGCUCCAGCCUCACCAUCAUCACCUCCCAGAUGAAAUACCUGCUGGGCCUGAAGAUCCCCCGGCACGAGGGGGUGGGCUCCUUCAUCCUCACCUGGGUGGACCUCUUCAGGCACAUCCGCAGCACCAACAUCUGCGACCUGCUGACCAGCCUGGUGGCCUUGGCCAUCAUCGUGCCCGUCAAGGAGCUCAACGAGCGCUACAAGGAGAGGCUGAAGGCCCCGUUCCCCAUCGAGCUGCUGGUGGUCAUUGCAGCCACCCUCAUCUCCCACUACUUCGACUUCGAGCGGCGCUACAAGGCCGCCGUGUGUGGGGACAUCCCCACGGGCUUCAGGAAGCCCACUGUCCCAGACUUCAGCCUGUUCCCCAGCCUGGCACUGGAUGCUCUGCCCAUUGCUGUCAUUGGCUUUGCCAUGACCGUGUCCCUGGCAGAGAUCUUUGGCAAGAAGCACGGCUACGCCGUCAGCGCCAACCAGGAGAUGAUCGCCAUCGGCAUGUGCAACCUCAUCCCCUCCUUCUUCUACUGCUUCGCCAGCUCUGCUGCCCUCACCAAGACCCUGCUGAAGGAGUCCACGGGGAGCCAGACCCAGGUGUCCGGGCUGGUCACCUCGCUGGUGCUGCUGCUGGUGCUGCUGUGGAUCUCCCCGCUCUUCUACUCGCUGCAGACCUCCAUCCUCGGCGUGGUCACCAUCGUCAACCUGCGCGGCGGCCUCAGGAGGUUCCGGGACACGCCCAGGAUGUGGCAGCUCAGCAAGCUGGACACGGCGGUGUGGUGGGCCACCAUGCUGUGCUCCACGCUGGUCACCACGGAGAUCGGGCUGCUGGUGGGCGUUUGCUUCGCGCUGCUCUGCAUCAUCUUCCGCACGCAGCGCCCGCGCGCCACGCUGCUGGGCAGGGUCAGGGACAGGGAGGUCUACGAGGACCAGGCCGCCUACAAACAGCUCAGCAGCAUCUCCAACAUCAAAAUCUUCCGCUUCGAGUGCUCCCUCUACUAUGCCAACAAGGAUUACUUCAAGGCCGUGCUGUACCAGAAAACGCUGGCUGCCAGCCUGGGGAACCGGGCACGGCCAGAGCCAGGCAGCUCCAGGGGCUGCUGUGGCUGCCCGAGACAGGGCAGGAGCAGGGCUGAGAGCCCUCCAGGAGAUGCCUGUGCCCCCUCCCCGGACAUGCACACCCUGAUCCUGGACUGCGGGGCCAUGCAGUUCAUAGACACCGUGGGUCUCUCCGCGCUCAAGGAGACGCACCACGACUACGAGGAGGUCGGAGUGCAGGUGCUCCUGGCCAACUGCAACCCCUCCAUCCGCCAGCGGCUGCGGGAGGGAGGCUGGGCCGGCCGGGCAGGCGGCGCUGGGGGCCAGCUGGCCUUCCACAGCAUCCACGAUGCCGUGCAAUUCGCUGAGCGCCGGGGGGACAGCAGGGACAAACGGGCUGCUCCCCCGGAGCCCGAGGAACAACAGGACUUCCAGGUGUCUCUGUAG